UGGAACCCCAUGAUCCCUGCAACGCCUCUGACGAUCCGGGCGAGAUCCCAGGGUUCGGGAGCCAAGAACAGCGUGAACAAGUACGCUUCCACGACACAUGCGCCUCCAACAGUAUCCACAGUCUUCCUACUCGCACAAACCAUCUCUUGUCAUGGAGACGGCUUCGAGCUAUUGCGACCAAAUCCCAUCGUAAACGUUGUUGUGGCUUCAUGCCCCAUCUCGCGCACUCGUGUAGGCCUCCAUCAUGACGCGCCGAAUAGUCCGAACCGGCUUUCAGCUUGCAGUCCUCACCACUGUCGCCUUCGUACUCGUAUUCUUUCUCGACAACCGCUACCGAGUCCUCCCCCAGUCUGUCCACAACCACCUGCCACUCCACCAUGAAGGCCUCGUCAUCACCGACCUGACCAUACAAACAUGCUCAACCCUCAACCCGUUGUCUAAAUGUAUGCUGGACCAGAAGAAAUGGCAUCGUGUAGAGAAAGAUCUGUAUCUGGGCACCGGUUGGGUUUCGAAAGCAUAUGUGCAUAUCAAGCGCAAGCGAGAAGAGGAGCUCACCAACCAAGACAAAGUUGUCGUCGAUGUCCGGACCGGCAAACUCGACCCGGCCAUGGGAGAAAAGGCACAAGCGUCAGAGAAGUGGGAGUCUCGCCCAGCAGGCGUUUGGAUAAAGCGUUCGCUACAGCGUCACGCGAGCGACUCGAAGAAAGCUGUAACGGCUGUGGAUAUCUUGUUCGGUGCAGAUGCGGUAGAGCCGCGCCCGGGGUGGGAGUUGGUCCGGAAUGGAGCUCUCCACUUGGACGCGGGAAAGGAAAGCAAACACCCGCGUCUCAGCGUGCGGAGAGGCUCGCCAGCCAAGCUCGAGAAGCCCGUACCCAAGAUCAGGAAGGACGGCAGAUUCAAGAUUAUGCAGAUCUCAGACCUACAUCUGAGCACUGGUCUAGGCCUGUGCAGAGACCCGGAACCCAAGGGCGCGAAUGGCGGACACUGUGACGCAGACCCCAGGACUUUGGAAUUCGUUGAGCGCGUGCUAGACGAAGAGAAGCCGGAUCUCGUCGUCUUAUCUGGCGAUCAGGUCAACGGCGGGACUGCGCCUGAUGUCCAAAGUGCUCUUUUCAAGAUCAUCGGGCCGCUUGCAGAGCGCAAGAUACCGUAUGCAGCCAUAUUUGGCAAUCACGACGAUGAAAGCACCCUCUCCCGUCAUGCACAAAUGGGCCUUUACGAAUCCCUACCCUACUCGCUCAGUGAAGCCGGCUCUAACACGAUCGACGGCGUCGGCAACUACUUUGUCGAGAUCCAGGCUCACAACAACAAACACUCCGCAUUAACGUUAUACUUUCUUGACACUCACUCCUAUUCACCAGAUGAGGCUCACUAUAGGGGCUAUGACUGGCUCAAGCCAAACCAGAUCAAUUGGUUCAAGACGACUGCAGAAAGUUUGAAGGAUGCACACAGCCACUACGCGCUCAAACACCUUAAUAUGGCCUUCAUCCACAUUCCACUCCCUGAGUAUGGCGAUCCGCUGAAUGAAAGGCUCGGAAACUGGACAGAGCCUAUUACCGCACCGCUCUUCAACACUCAUUUCAAAGAUGCUCUCGUCGAAUACGACGUCAAGACUGUCUCCUGUGGACAUGAUCAUGUCAAUGACUAUUGCGCACUAUCGAAAGAAAAUGCAACUGGCGAACCUGAAAUCUGGAUGUGCUACGCAGGCGGAAGCGGAUUCGGGGGCUAUGGCGGAUACAACAACUACCACCGCCGGUUGCGCGUCUUCGAAAUUGACACAAACCAAGCUAGGAUAUCAACGUGGAAGAGAUUGGAAUAUGGGGACAUUGGGACGAGACUCGAUGAGCAGAUCGUCGUGGAUUCGGGAAGAGUCAUUCCACUAUCAAACGAGAAUUAGGCUGAACAGCAGUUGUUAUGGCGAAACGCAACAAACUAUUUUCACAGUAAGGCGUCAGGGCGCAGUAUUUCUAACUAGCAAAAAGUACGAGCCUUGGUACUAGUGUUUGGGUCAGAUGUAUCACCUAUCUGGUAUGGUAUGGUUUGGUACGUGCAUGAUUAUUCAAUAAUACAUCUACGCUUCUUACCCCUUCUCUAAACCCCGCCUUGUGGAGACACCGUUUCGUAUGACAAGUUAUGGUGGUUUACUAGCUGUCGUUUACCAGGGACCCAGGCCUAGUGCUGUUGAGGUAAGCUUUUCCUUUCUAGGUUCUUUGAAGCUUGAUAUGCUGUGGACAGGGGUCACUCAUUC